AUGGCAACCACUGAUCCCAGCCUCUCAGAUCCUCUCCUUGCGCUUCGGCGCGCCAUCGCUUCCGGAAGCUCUCCCGUCCUCACAACCUCUCCAGACCUCUCCAUCGACGAUGCAACUGAAGACCUCACCAAGGCGACCCAUCUGUACGUCACACAACCUAUUCCGCAGACCAUUCCCCUCUCCACACCGACUCGUUUCGUCUCCACGGCAGCCAACCAGCCGAUCGACCUUCGAAGUAUCUAUUUUGCAUGGCAGAAAAAGGAUGUCGCUAUCCCAGAGUAUAUCUCCUCCGCGCAGGAACUCAAUGAUGCGCUGGGCAAAAAGGAGGGAGAAGCAGAGGAUGGCCAGCGCACGAAGAUUUUGAACUUGGUGUUUGUGGAACGGUUGGAUUUGAUUACUUGGCUGGAGGGCGCUUCGGAGGAGAGCGAGUAUAUCAAGCCUUUAGAGGGGGUGGGAUUGGCCGGUGUCUCUGAUGCCGCUGCUGCGCAGGCUGCAGUGGCGUCGGGUGCGAUGGGGGGUGUGCCUGAUUCGUUGGCAAAAGCGCCGGCGAUCACGCAGGUCGGUGGGAGACCGAUGAAAGUGAUUGAUCCAAGGUUACAGCAAAUCUAUAAUGGAGAGAGGAAAAUGGGAGAUAGAAAUUCGGUUUUGAGAGGGAUUCGGCCAAAUGACUUUUCCCACGUUCGGAAAGUCGCAGAACGGUUCCUGGGACGAAGUAGGGCUGGCGCAGCUCCGUACCCAACUAGCGGUGGAAAACCAGGCGUUAAAUCUUCCGUUCCAGCUCCGGGUCGUGGUCUCAUCCCCAAGAAAUCGGACUCGGGCUCAUCGCGUCGACCUAAUCCAAUCAUCCUCGUAUCGCCAUCUGCAUCUUCCCUCCUUCGCAUGUCGAAUAUCAAAACCUUUCUCGAAGAGGGCACAUACAUCCCGCCGGACCACCCCACCCUCUCCAAAUCCACAGGUGCCAACCGUCUCAAAAUCUCACGUGCCCUCCAUUCCCUCAACGACUCUUCAAGCGCCGCCAAACCGCAUACAUCUCGUAGCGGAACCGUCUUCAUUCUCGUUGACAGCACGGCGGAUUUCAAGCCCGAGUAUUGGAAUAACGUCGUUGCUGUAUUUACCACGGGACAAACUUGGCAAUUUAAAUCGUACAAAUGGUCGUCACCGCCGGAUUUGUUUAAGCAUGCUACUGGUAUAUACGUUGGCUGGAGAGGGGAGGAAGUCCCCCGGGACGUCAAGGGUUGGGGGCGUGGUGUGCGUACGUUUGCGGUGGAAAGAUGGGAUGAGAAGAGUGCGAAUGCAAACGGUGGUGCAAUGAGUGGACGGACGAGAUGGAGAGACAGAGAGGUCGUGGAAGGUAUUUGGGGAGCUAUUGAAGAAGGAAUGAAAGCCAAAGGCUGGGGUUCGAAGUGA